CGAUCUUUGGAUGCUCCUACUGCUGGACUCAUACCAACAUCGGUUGAUUUUGUGUCUACCGAGCCAAGCCAACUUCUUACCGCUUAUACAUCAUCGACGGCCACUAUUACCGAUAUUGAAACGGGUGCAACCAUCUUGACGUUUGAUUUUGGAGAAGAUGUAUCUCCUGGAAGUCGUAUAACUCGGAUUCUUUCUCACCCAACAAUGCCUUUGACAAUUACGGCCGGUGAUGAUCGCAAGAUUCGCUAUUUCGAUAACCACACGGGAAAACUAACGCACAGUGCUGUUGCUCAUGUCGAAGGGAUUUCUUCUCUGGCUAUUGACCCUAAUGGACUGUAUUUGUUAUCAGGAAGCCAUGAUGGCAGCCUUCGGAUGUGGAACAUGGAAAAGCGUGUAUGCCUGCAGGAGAUAUCAGCGCAUCGUAAAAAGUACGAUGCUUCCGUGACCUGCGUCGCAUUCCAUCCUUCUCGACCGCUAAUUGGCUCGGCUGGCGCCGAUUCAUUGGCAAAAGUGUACUGUCCAGCGUCUUCCUGA